GGGAAGUGACGUACUGUGCGCGGUGGUGCGAUGGAGCCCCAGGCGCAGCAGCAGCAGCAGCAGCAGCAGCAGCAGCUGAGAAACUUGCGGGACUUCCUGUUGGUCUACAAUCGGAUGACGGAACUCUGCUUCCAGCGCUGCGUGCCCAGCCUGCACCACCGAGCUCUGGAUGCUGAGGAGGAAGCCUGUUUGCACAGCUGUGCUGGGAAGCUGAUCCAUUCCAACCACCGCCUCAUGGCCGCUUAUGUGCAGCUCAUGCCUGCUCUGGUACAGCGCCGCAUCGCAGACUACGAGGCUGCCUCAGCUGGGCCAGGUGUUGCUGCUGAACAGUCCGGAACCUCACCAUCAGGCAGCUAGCCCUCCCCAGCCCCAGGAAGGGAGGCACUGGAUGGACCCUCAAAUUGAAGGAGCCAGUGGACCUUGGGCUGGAUGCAGCCUGUAUAUAGAGCGAGGGGUUUCCUGAGAGCUGGGUACUAUUGCUCCUUUUCCUGGAGCCAAUAAACCCGCUUUUACUCUCUUUGGUUUAUGUUCUGGGCGGGGAAGCUUUGCCCACUGUAUUGGCACCAUCCUUUAUUCUGUCAGUUAGUGCAUAUCUGUUGGCUUCAGCCCUGGCAGUGGAGAAAUUGCCUUCUCUGUGUGGAAGGAAAACCUUAACAUUCCCAGGCACCUGGUUAAAGCAAGGUCUGUGGGUACAAUUUUAAUGUUAGUAACGUCAACAGGAAGUUGAUUCCUGCCCAAAUGGCAGAGAAAAAUGAGACCUUUUUCUAAAUCUGUCCUUCACUUAAAUCUGUCUGACUUAAAUGGCUUAUUUGUGAGUCAGGUGUACAUUCAUUCAUAACUCUUUUUCUGGACUCUAAGGAAUUCUGCUAGGUGUAGGUAAAGGAGAUAACCAAGGACAGCAGAUCAAGAAAUCAGACAAAAAAAAAAAAGAAAUCAUGGACAGGGUAUUUAGGCAGUGCCUCCUGGGAAGUCAGUAGCCCCAGAACAGAGAUGAAACCUCUAAGAAUUUUGGGGUGUUCUGGGACUUCAAUCAUUUCCCAAGUUGUUACUUUCUUAUUAUUUUCUGCCUACCCCAGGAUGAGUGGUAAAGCCUUUACACCAAGGUCUGUGUGCUUGUCUUCAGGAGCAGUCAGAAAGGGGAAACUUGGGGGACCAUAUUCUGCAAUAUAGCCAGACCUAAGGGACAGAAGCCCAAGGGAGAAGUACACGAUGGUGGUUAUGGGGAAAAAAGGGGAUAAAGCAAAUCCUUGAGACCGCUUUAUCAUUGCCUGCAUGUCUAUAAUUUCAGCUCUUCCAUCCUCUACCCUACAUUGUUCCCACUGUUCCUGUUAUUUCCAUAUUGAGCCUCUCCAUUUUUCUCUCAUUUAUUCCCCUCCUUGUGAAAUUUACUUCUGUAUUCAGCAGUCUGAAUGGCCUAUCGCUCCAUCACCACAUUUUCUUGCCUCCCUAUGUCCUUUUUGUAUCAUUCCAGCUGUUUUAUCUUUUCUGUUCCUCCAUUCAGACUGCUAGAGAAAGACACAGCUGUGUAAUGAACGGCACUAAAUAUUCAAGGUCUCCAAUUUCAACCAAGCCCUCACUACCAACAAGCAACCCUUUGUGGCUUCCUGGUGUAUUUCCUCUCCUAAUCACCAUGGCAAUUAUUUUACACCUUCACUGUUCUCCUUAUCCCCCACUUCACGUCCAACUUUCCCCAUCAGGUGACCAUGUUUCAUUUUUUACAGAGGAAAUGGAAGCUCUUAGACACUGGUUCCCACAAUAAUAAAAAAACUCUUUACAGCCACCCACAGAGCAUUUUUCCCUCCUGAAUGGAUCAGGAAGUUGAAAUUCUCUAGUAGCAGACCCUUAUAGAUACAGAUCUGACUUUAAAAUCCAUGUACAUUUUACUACACCAGGCUGCCUCUCAAAAUAUCCAUUGAGCCACCCAAUUUGUAUGGGUUCUGAUACUGAUAAAUGUCUUGCUUUAAUCUUUAUAGCAAAACUACAAGUAAGAUAUUAUCUCCACUUGAUGAGGAAGCAAGAAUCCAGAAUGUACCAGAACGCUGUCUUAUACAUAGUUAACCUCUUGAGAAAAGUGGCUCCAAACAGCUUUUUGCCUCUUUAGCUCCCAUAUCUUGAAUAGAAGGUUUUGCUAGGAACAUAUAAGUUGCUGACCAGAAACUUCCCUACUGAGUAGCUUUGUGUCUACCCAAUAAAGUUCUCUCCUUGGAAAGUAUAACUGCAGCUAAAACAGCCUGUGAACUUAACCAAUCCAAGAUGGGAAUGGGGACCUGGAAUACUGUGGUGCUGGUGGGAGGACUCUUCCACAUGGACAUUCGUGUGUAUCCUUGCAGUAAAUUUCCAUUGUGAAUUGUCUGUGUUUCCAUGUCACAUAAUUACUACUUGCUGGAGAAGGGCUGAGAAAAAGAACUGUCUUGACUCUAGAACCUAUGUUCUUUGAAUCUUAAGAGUUCAUCUGUGCUUGCUCACCUGCACCCAGGCUGUCCCUAGGCUUGGAAAAACAAGUAUCCCUCAAUGUAAUCCAUUAGUUAAUCCCUUAAGUUUUUAACCUCUUCUUUUCUCUCUGUUUAUAAACAUGUUCAGUACUUAGGAGAAGAACCCUACUCCUGUUACCCGUCUGUUACAAUCACUGACCUCUCCCUCGGGUCUUGCCAUAAAGUGAUAUCAUUGGUGUAAUGAGAGCAGUGUGAUGUUUUAAGCACAACACAAGAAUAAAUGUUAACAAAGCUCUCUUAUCACAAA